AUGGCUGCGUACAACAGCUCGGAUUUGGCCACUAUAGAUUAUGGCAAGGACUCAAGAUUGAACAUCGACAAUGAGAUCGCAGGCGAGGAUUACCACGAUUCUCUCAGAGGGCACACGAGGCAGGAUCGCGCAGACAUGCAGCGAAUGGGAAAAGUGCAAGAGCUGAAAAGGAAUUACCGACCACUCUCAGCACUCGCCUUCACUGUCAUUCUCCAAGGAACGUGGGAGGUGCUCUUGACCUCAACCUACCAAGGCCUUCUCGAUGGCGGACCAGCUGGUCUGAUCUGGAGUUUUGUGUGGACCUGGUUCGGCUUCAGUACCGUCAUGUUGUCGCUGGCUGAAAUGGCUUCCAUGGCGCCCACGGCUGGUGGCCAAUACCACUGGGUAUCAGAAUUUUCUCCUCCAAGUCUUCAAAAGCCCUUGAGCUUCUUCGUUGGAUGGAUGUCGACCCUGUCUUGGCAAGCAGGUACUGCUUCGGGACCGUUCCUUGUUGGUACCCUGAUCCAGUCUUCUGCUGUCGUCAUGUACCCGGAUUACAGUCCCACGAAGUGGCAAGGCACGCUAAUGGUCAUCGCUGUGACUGUUCUUGUCUGGGCCUUGAACAUCUGGGGUACAAGGGGUAUGCCCAUGUUCCAGAAUGUCAUGCUGGUCAUCCACGUUUUGGGCUUUUUGACAAUCAUAAUUGUCUUCUGGGUGUUGUCACCGAGAAACUCCGCGGAAGUAACCUUCACGCAGUUUACCAACAGCGGCGGCUGGAGUUCCAUGGGUCUUACUCUGAUGGUCGGACAGCUAUCAGCCAUCUACGCCUGCAUCUGCUCCGACUCUGCAGCUCACAUGUCCGAAGAGAUCAAGGACGCUGGUAAAACUGUUCCCAAGGCCAUGAUUGGCGCAUACCUGAUGAACGGAUCUUUGGGCAUAAUCUUCCUCGUCAGCUACAUGUUCAUGGUCACCGAUGUCGAAGCAGCACUCAACGAUGCCAGCGGCUAUGCGCACAUCUGGGUGUUCUCCCAGGCAGUUGGAACGGGUGGUGUUGUCGCACUAAACGCCAUUCCAACCGUGCUCAUUUUCGCUGGAACGCUGACCUACAACUUGUCGACCUCGCGUCAAACAUGGGCUUUUGCUCGUGACAAGGGCCUUCCUUUCAGCAGCUGGAUCAGCACUGUCAACAAGAGACUAGAGACUCCUGCGAACUCUGUCACCGUGACCUGCAUGAUCACCAUUGCGCUCUCGCUUAUCAACAUUGGUUCUGAUGUCGCCUUCAAUGCUAUUAUCUCUCUCAACGUCGUCUCCCUCAUGAUCACCUACGUUAUUUCCAUCGGAGCCGUCCUCUACCGGAGAAUCAGACACCCCGAACUCCUGCCGAACUGCCAAUGGUCGCUCGGUCGCUUGGGCGUACCAGUAAACGUGGCCGGCAUGACUUACUCUUUCUGGGCAUUUUUCUGGUGCUUUUGGCCUGAAGGCACGCCGGUCGAGGUUUCGUCGUUCAAUUGGGCUGUGGUCAUGUUUGUCGGUACGGCUGUUGUGGCAGCGGCAGAUUAUGCUAUUCGCGGAAGGAAACAAUACAAGGGUCCUGUUGUGCUUGUUGAAGGGUACAAAGGAGAAUGA